AUGCUCGACGAAAACUUGCCGAGUUUCCGCUUCCAACCCUCCUCCGAUUCGCCUCUCAACACAGUGCUUUACUUCUCCCACAAUGGCUCCGAUCCAAGUGCGCAGUAUCUCCUGAUGCGCGCCGACCCGGCAGUCCCUAUGUCCAAGAACAAAUACGCUGUCGCCCUCGCCGACGUCUCCUCUCAGUCCAUCAUCUACGCCGAGGUCCUCGUCGAGCCGUCGUGGUCGCAGCCAACACUCUCGACGGCCGAGAUUCGCGCACAAAAUGGCCAGCCGCCCCCACCGACACCGAUCACCCCAGACACGAUCACGCUGAACCUCUACAACCCAGACUCACAGGUCGUGAUUCGCUCGAAGCCGGGGUCUUGGGGCAAAUCGGAUAGCUGGGAGUUUGAGCUUCCUGAGCAGUCGUUCCGCGCGCCCAGUGCCAGCAAGAUCGACCUCGACGCUGGCGAGCCUCCCAUCAGCGACCUUGUGCCCAAGGCCGUCUUUCGUUGGAAAAAAGAGUCGAGGCUCGGCAGGGAGAUGACGUGCUAUCUGGUGGGCAAGAGCGUCGGCGGCAAGAAGAGCAAGGAGCCUGAUAUCACGGUGGCCAUGUUCAAGGAGGGACGUCACGACAGCACCGUCACCAUUUACGAACCGAAUCUGCGUCGUGUCGAUGUACAGGAUCAGAAGGGACUCGACAUCGUGUUGCUCCUCGGGGCCGAGGUCAUUCGUGACCUGUAUCUCAACCCAAAGAUGGAUCCCUUCAACGUUUCUGGUGCGCCACCCUUGGCAUCUUCCGGACGGCGAAAGGACUCUCGCGGGGCGUCGGCAUCUCCCGGUACCGCGGCACCAAUGUCUGGGGCCCUUAGUGCCCCUCCGCCGCAGCCCGCCUCCUACCAGGCGCAGUCCAACGUGGCGCCAUCACGCGACGCUCGCCAGCAAGACAUUGACGCUGAGACGAAGCGACUUCAGGCCAUGGUGGCUGAGGAGGAACGACAAGCUCGCGAACGGGAACGCCAGACGCGCGAACAGGAGCGCUGCGAUGCUGAGGAGGCGCGACGCAUCAAAGACAUGCUUAAUCGGGAAGAGGAAGAGCGACGCCGGAAGCAGGCCGAGGUGGACCGCGAAACAGAGCGCCUACGGAAGCAGUACGGCGUCAACGCGCAGGGGUUUGCAGCCACCAGCAGCCUGCCGCCCGAGGCUCACGCACCGCAUCUGCCGCCGCGGCCGGGGCCCUGGUGGGCCACACUCUCACGGUGCUGGCAGGGGAGGGGGCAGCCCAGGACUGUCGCCAUACUUUUCGAGCAGCGCACACGGCCACGCGCAGCCCCCGCCAAGACCCUCGAGCGCCGGCCCGCAGACCCCCGCCAUGUCGGGGGCAGCAGCGGAUGGUGGAAGCCUGGGCCGUCGACGCCCGGAGGAGACACUGCGGCUACGAGCUCAGGAGGUGCGGGUAGAGGAGGCAAGAAACCGGCCAACCCGCUGCACGGUUUACUCAACGGGCACGGGCCGUACGGGAACGCCGCGGCGAGCGUCAGCAAUUUCUUCCACGGCGCGGCAUCGAAGCAUGAGAGCAAGCUGUCGAAGAAGCGCAGCAUGUGA